GUUCACCAUUCAGACUUGCCAAGUUAUGUCGGUCGUAUUGUAAUGAGCGAUUUAGUGGGCAACUUCAUUCUGUUAAAUUUGUGUCACGGUGCACGCGCAUCGGAAAAUUUCACUCUCAUAAAUUUUUCAUAACGCGCCUAAUUAAGUAUAAAUUCAAAAAAAUACGCAAGUGAACGAAAUAAGAACGGACGUAUAAAAGUGAAAAUUAAAGAAUUUCCGUUUAGGGACCGUUUACAGAACAGAAAUAAUUUAUCACAACUGGUAGUCCUUUGAUAAGAUAAAAAACGCAAUGAUUGUGAAUACGCGAUUAAAAUUAAAUUAAAUGAUAAAAAUCUAAUUGUACCUAUAUAAAAUAGGUUUCUUACUUUGAUCCGAUCAAAGAUUCCGAAUAUCGCGAUGAAGAGGCUGUCGGUUUUGUGCUCUUUGCUCCUCGUGGCUGCGGCUCUUGGCACUGAGCUGCCAUUGGCUACACCAUGUGACGAAGAGGCUUGUAAGCUCCCGGACUGCAGAUGCUCGUCCACUAAUAUUCCUGGAGGAUUACGAGCCAGAGACACUCCACAGUUUGUAACCGUAACGUUCGAUGACGGUAUCAAUGUCAUUAACAUUGAGACAUACCGUGAGGUCCUUUACGGCCGCAGCAACUCGAACCGCUGCCCAGCCGGAGCUACCUUCUACGUCAGCCACGAGUACACAAACUAUCAGCUGGUCAACGAACUCUACAAUAGAGGCUUCGAGAUUGCUCUACAUUCGAUCAGUCACAGAACCCCCCAGGCGUUCUGGGCUGAUGCCACGUAUCAAAACUUGGUCCAGGAAAUUGGAGAUCAGAAAAGACAAAUGGCGCAUUUUGCUAGCAUCCCCGCUAGUGCAAUUAAAGGUGUGCGUAUCCCCUUCCUUCAGAUGUCCGGUAACACAAGUUUCCAGGUUAUGGCAGAUUUUGACUUACUGUACGACUGCACCUGGCCCACAACUGCCUUGACUAAUCCAGGUCUAUGGCCUUACACUCUUCACCACGAAUCUAUUCAGGACUGCAUUAUUCCUCCAUGCCCAACUGCGUCAAUUCCUGGACCGUGGGUGCUCCCUAUGAUCAGCUGGAGAGACCUCAACAAUUUCCCUUGCUCCAUGGUGGAUGGUUGCUUCUUCACGCCAGACCGUACCGACGAGGAAGGAUGGUUCAAGUUUAUCCUGACCAACUUCGAGAGACACUACCUCGGGAACAGAGCCCCGUUCGGAUUCUUCGUCCACGAAUGGUUCAUUUCGUCAAACCCCGCCAUCAAACGCGCUUUUGUCAGAUUCAUGGAUAUCAUUAACAACUUAAAUGAUGUCUUCAUGGUGAACUCAGCUGAAGUCAUCGAUUGGGUGAAGAACCCCGUCCCGAUCGAUCGAUACCGUCAGCAGCAGUGCAAAUUUACUAUGCCAUCAAUUUGUAGACCAUCGUUCUGCGGGCCACUAACGGGAACUCAUAAUCAGGCAAGUGAAGACAUAUUAUUUGUACUACUAAUAUUACUGUUGGCUGUUUAUGGCCGAAUAAGCUGGAAGUCUACUUGAUAUUACUCGAUUUGUAAUGCUUUGAUUUGUGGACGAGCUCACGACCUCUCUUCUUCAAUUUGUUUCCACUCAAUGAUGAGUGUCUCUUCAUAUGCACUCCAUUCUUUUCUGUCUCUUGCCUUUCGCAUCCAGUCUCUACAAGGUAUUUCGGCUAGAUCGUCGGUCGACCUCAUUGGUUGUCUGUCUACUACCACAACUACCAACGGGCUUAUUGAAAGAUGAAAUAAUAUCCGAUCAUAUAACGUUUCCAGUAUUUCUGGUGCGGAAAACAUACACACGACAAGUGCACCGAGAUAUUGAAUUCUAGAUUAAAAAAUAUAGUGUCUUCCGUCAGGAAUUCAAGGUUAUUAUUAGACCAAAGAGACCAUUAAACAUUGUGUCUAAAUGCGAACUGCGUGUUGUGGUAUACUUACAUUGUUUUAUGGUACACAGAAAUCUGAACGCAUAUUUCGUUUCAAGGCAGAAUAUAACAUAGUAAUCGGGUACAAAGUCAUCCAGCCCUGAAGUAGGAUUCCCUGCGCUAUGGAAACCAGAAACGAAUAUACAUAUCGACGCUUGAAAGGCAAACGUGACUAAGCGACAAUGCGUGAACUUUACAGUGGACUAAUUUAAAGUUGAAAUACCUGAAAACAAAUUUUAUUUUAACGAAUCUAGCUGUAGGAUUGAAAUGAUUUUAAUAGACCUAGAAAUUUUUUUUUUGCGCAUCGAAUAUGGUUAUUGCCUAUCAUUUAUGUACAAAGCAGUUAUUGUCACUUAGCCACGUUUGCCUUUCAAGCGUCGAUAUGUACAACUGUUGAUACGUAUAGAGAUGUUGCAUAUUGUUGUUACAUGUUAUCCAUGUAGUUGUUAAACGCCCAAAGGACAAACAAACCUGAACAUUAUACGAAUGGGAAUCGAACCCACCACUCUCGCCUAGCCAUCUUCGGCGCUAGCCACUGCACCACCAAGUCAAUCGGAAUGCUAUUAAGCAAUUACGGGAACCUACCCAGUCCAACUUGACACAUUAGAUCUCAAAUCAGGGGAUCAAAUAAAAUGGUACCAAUAAAAAUUUAUAUUCUCUGUUACAGCUGUCUUACUACAUGACGAUUUGCAACACGUGUCCCAGGAAUUACCCCUGGGUAGGAAAUCCGCUUGGACAGUAAUAAACUUAAUUCAGUUAAGGAAAUAAAAAAUUUAAAACAAA